AUGAGUAUAGAUUCAGCUUCAGUGCCCUCUAGUGCAAGGCCCCAUACUACACAGUCAGAAUCGGCAGCAUCAAGUGGCGAGUCAAAUGCCAAAACACAAGAUGACUCGUCCAUAACUCAACCUACGAAAUCGACUAUUCUUUCUUCAAUUCUUUCUCCAUUCAGCUCUCUUCUAUCAGUCUCCUCUACCAAGGAAAGCGAGAAGAAACCAGGGCCAGAGUCAGUGUCAACUCCAGCAUCAGAACCAGAACCAGAGCCAAAGGCAGAAAUCAAAGAGCAAGAAGAAGAAAAGGUUGAGAUCAAAGAACCAGAACCAUAUUACACCCCAAACGAAGUCCCCAAAUUCAAACUCCUUCAGAAAAAGCGUCUCUCGGGAACCCGCACGAAACAACUUCUUCGUGCGGCGGGACGAGCGUAUAAUGAUCCCCCUCCUCAACCUGAACUCGGAAUGUGUUGUGGUAGCUCUUGUGAUCCUUGUGUUAAUGAUCUCUGGAGAGAAGAGAGGGAAGUUUGGAGGGAACGAUGGGGGGAUUCGGAGGGUUGA